CACGACGAAGACAAGGACUCACAGCCCAUCUCCCUGAGUCUCAGAGAUGAAGGGCCUCCUCAUGCUGGCUUGGCUCCUGGUUUGCAGUGCGCCCGCUGUGCUGGGAGGCUUCCUGGAACUGAAUUCGAUGAUCAAGGACGUGACGGGAAAGGACCCCCUGAUAGACUAUGGCUUUUAUGGCUGUUACUGCGGCUUGGGCGGUCAGGGGACCCCCAAGGAUGCUACCGAUGGGUGCUGCCAGGUGCAUGACCGCUGCUAUGAGGUGCUGGAGAAGAAAGGCUGCAACACCUGGGCACAGUAUUACAAGUACAGAAUCUCACGGGGCCUGGUCUCCUGCGAGCCCGGACCCCAAUGCCAGGUGCAGCUCUGUGCCUGUGACCAGAAGUUGGUCGAAUGCCUGAAGAAAAACCUAAGGAGCUACAACCCUGCCUACAGAUAUGUCUCCAAACUCUGCUGCAUCUAGUGACCCUCAGUGAGCUCCUCCCAGAUCAUGACUUUUGUCCCCUCCUCCUACAACAUGGAGCUUUCCAACUCUGGGCUCCUGAGAGAGGUUCCCUUGUCUUGCCCCUCAUUUUUUCUUGAUGGUCCACUGGCCUGGGAGGAGCCCCAUGGCCACCUUUCGCUCUCCACAGAAUCCCCAGAGAUUGAGUCUGAUCAUAGGACUCGACAAAGUCAAGGUCCCUGGCCUCUCCACGUGUGAGAUCAGUCCUUCUGGAGCUCAGAGCUCCCUCUGAACUCCAAGCCCAUCAUUGUCGACUCUGAAGACAGAGCCCCAUCUCCGGGAGGAAGACUUCCCUGGUAUCCAUGUACUUCUCAGUUUCUGCCACUCUCUAGGGAGUGUUACUCAACAAGAAGCAAAAUUGACUCCAUACAUCUGACAUGUAGAUAUUAAAAUGUCUCCUCAGGAGUAAU